AUGGCCGUCAUUCCGUCGCAUUUCUUCGGGCUCAACUUGUGCGAAACUCAAGUAAUGGCUUCUCAACUUCGUUCGCUCGCUCAGAGUUUGAGGUUUCAUUGUUAUCACCACUUCUGAAUACCUAAUGCGGCGUUCCCGACGCGAAUCUCAGGUGCAACUCUUUUCCUAGAGCACCCAACUUUUUGGUGCUUUUCCUUGAAAAUACCUGCGCUUGCAAAGAUCUCGUUAAAAUUCGAAAGCCAUCGAAAAACCAUGGGUGUUCGAUCCCUGAAUUAUCUCAUCUUACAGCAUGCCUUCCGGAGAUCGUCAAUCGUCUCGUGAACCGAACGAAGUCGCAGAGGUAUCAAUAUUUAGACCCCCCCCCCCUUUUCCAUCCUCCAAUUCUACGAAUUUUCAGCAUAUUUAUUUUUCGUAAAUGUUUUUUUUGUCAAUAUGAUCAGAUGGCUCCCGAGAACAUCCCAAAAAAUCCUAUGCAGAUAAAUUUUUUAUUUCUGACCUCCCUUCAAUAAGGGCCUAUAGUCUGUUCAGAUUUUAUAUGUCUAGUCUAAGCUCAAGCUCCGCCCCCUAAUGUGCGAUAAACCAAUCAGAGAGCGAGCCAUCCACAGAGCGUUUUCGAAUGACGUCAUUCUACUUUGCAUUCAAAAUAUGAACGGAUUGUAGCUGUUCACUUUCCAGGCGGGUGAUGCGCCUUCGUUUUCCACUGAGAAUGAACUCCGGACUCUGAACAGUUCACCGUCCUCCCCAAACAAUGAAAUUGUGAGUUUAUGCAGAGUUCAAAAACCCGCAUGGUUUAAUAUGUGAUAGAUUAGGAAAACAUAGAACAAUUUUCUCAGGCUUUGAAAGGAUUUCUCUCUGGUCGGCGUCAAAACUUCUCCCGACUCAGUCGCGAAGAAUUCGUAGACGUCGCAAUAGAACUUCCACCGUGAGUUAUCACCAUGAAAAAUCUGGAUUGAACUUGAAAGCCUGUUGAAGUUGUAACGCGGCAUCUGCCAAAGUAGUUUUAGUACUGAAAUGGCCUACUGGCCUUCAUCUUUUCGCGGAAUCAAAAUUUUUCCAGUGGCGUUCCUCCUGCCAAUGUUCCCAACGCCGUCCCUGCGUUUGUUCACAUCCCAGAAGGGUAUGGAACUCCGUCGAGCAAGCCGUCGAAGCAGCCCAACCGCGGACCUAACUCGCCAAGAAAUUCCCGCAAGUUGCGGUCCAAUGUUUCUGCCAUUUCACCCGGCCUAGAGACUGCAGAAACGGAGACCACAGAUAGACUUAAAAGUGGGAUUUGUGGUCAAUACAACUGGGCAAACCGGGUUGAUCCUCAAUCUAAAAAGAUACACUAAAAACAAUUUAAAACUUUUUGCCGUUUUAACAGCAUUGUGGCACGCGAACCAAUUCUAAUCAAACAACUAGUGCUGACGUUUUCAGAGUUUCGAACAUUCUGCCUAGAAAAACAUGAAAUUUUUUUGAAUCCAUUUGUCGAGUCUGAUCGAAUAUUUUCGUUAUGCGAGUCUGGUUCAGUAGAUGAAUUUUUGGUAAACUCACUCCCAUUUCUUUAGAUCAACUCCAUCAAUAUUAUCAAUAGCAGAAGAAGUUUUGUAACAUUCCAAUUGAAGAUGACUGAUGUUUAACUUUUUAUCAUCAAGUUUGAAGACCUGAGAAAUCAACACUAAUUUUAAAUGUCAACAAUGGUCACUGUAACUACCGAACUUUAAGAGUUCUGUAGAUCCUUCAUUCAGAGAAUUGUUUAAAAAGCAGGAUUUUUGAACAUGUCUGAAAUAAACAAAGAUAGCUGCAUGCAAUUUUUCAGCGCGCAAACAUAACGUUCACCGUUUCGCUCUGGUCAGUCCGACGUCUGUGAACCCACUGCUGGUACCGAUCCGCGGGACCAUUGAAGACGUGAGUUUCCUCCGCUUUGAAGUUCUGACGGAAUCGCAGGAGGCUAAGCCACGCUAUCCACUUCUUCUCGUUUCCAACGAAGGAACCAUUCUGCUCACCCUGUCCGCCGGCGUUUCAGUCGAGAUAUGCGUCGAUCGCAGCUUCCGCGUCGUGUGCAACGAUGAUUUUAUGGUUUGAGAAUUGAACCAAUUUUUCUCUUAGAUUCUGCUCCGCCUAUUUCUUCGCCUGUUUUACCAGUCACAAACACUGAUCUUUUUCCCUGUUUUUGAAUUAGUUAUGAGAGUUCUCCCAUUGAUUCCCAGAUUUUUUUAGACUUUUGUCAACCGUGCGGGAACAGUUUCAUCCAUCAUGCAUCGUUACGCGAAAUUCGUACAUACCAAUGAGCACGUCCAUUGCAAAUUCUGUAAGGUCGAAAUGGUGAAUCGAGACAGAUUCAAUGUUUCAAGCAAGUGCGAACGACAAAAUGGCGAUUCUGGGGCCUGAAGGGAUCCUCUUCUCUAUGAAUCACCUCUCUGAGGCCUAUCUCGUCUGCUCCGGAGGCGACUCCAGUUGUAAGGAUCACGUAUUUUAACCGCUAGAAUUGUUCUGUAGCUCGGUCGGCACUCGCCUUUGAGAAGCCUGCCUUUCCGAUGCAGGACAUCGAUUACUCGCUUCACCAGCUCUACGAGCAGUCUGAGUUCGGAGCUCAGUUCUUCAACGAAGUAGGUCGAGUUCACAAAGAAGUUUGAGGGGUGUUCAGACGCUUGAAAUCCUCCUUCUCUUUUAGCUGAUUCAAGGCUAGCUUGUGACGCUAAGGGGGCGUCUCCUGUCUGCGCUCUCCACAAGCCAGGCGCUAUCUCAUGCAUUAUCGUGUCAGAACCCAUUUUUCGAUGGCUCAAGCCAGCCGUGAAUCGAGUAUAUCGUCAGCCACUAACUUAAGGCGUCAUAACGUGACUGAAAAUACGAAUAAUAUAUUGUGUACAAACCGAUCACUUCAACAAGUACAAAGUACAUUUUACUGUUUAGUGAACAAAACUCUAAUUCUGUGCCCAUUUUAAUUUUCCUCGUCAGGCGAAAAUUGUGCCUAUUUUAAGUGGCUAUAAAUUGAUAUUCAUUGUUACCUUUCAUGCAUCAAUUUUUUCGCGGUUGCUGCAGAACAGUUUAAAAAAUUGGUUGCAAUAUGACGUCUCUUGGGACUUCUUUUGUAAAACUUCAGAAGAAUAAGAAAUAUCUUCCUGAUUUUUUUCCAUGAACUGAAUGUUGAUCACUCAAAAUUUGAUUAAGUGUAACGAGGUUGUACACAAGGCGACAUACGAACGACGUUCCAAGGACUCACUCGCCAUGACUAUUCAUGGUAGGUCAUAACCCUUUCGUCAGUCUGACCAUCCUCUUUUCCUGAAGCGAAGACUUUUCAUAAUUUUCAGCCUAUUCCAUUUCCUUAUCUUGUUAAAGCAGGGGAAUCUAUAUGAAAAGGUUAUCAAACACGAUUUUAUUUUAUUUUCUCCAGUAAACUAUUCUGAAGUCAUUUUCAGAAGCAGCAGCCAAUCUCCUUAAAAAGUCAAUAAUGAAAAAUCUCUGCAAAGCAGUUUCAUUCCGUGUUCAGGUAUGUCGAUCAAGGUGUGUGGUGAGACUGGAGAAACAACGAUCGAGGCACGACCUGUCUUCAUCCGCUUCAACCCCAAAACUUUGGCCAUUCAUCUGCGCAGCGCCCAUAUCGACAUGGGAGUACAGGCAAAACAGUCGUAUCUGCGUCUUUUGAACGGAACUUCAGGAGAAAGACAAGGCCUACGUGAAACGCGGAGACAAGCGAAUCCACGUGUCGCGUUCGGGCAUGGUGGUCUCCGACGGCACCUGCGUCACCUCGAUGGAUCACUUCGGCCGCAUCGUCUCUUGUACCUGA